UGAAAUCCUUUUCCCAACGUUCACCGCUUUCAACAUCCCCACGAAAUCUUCCCUCUAUAUAUAAAGGGAGUCGGGAGUAUUACAGCUCCAGAAAAAGUUUUCUUUAAAGACAAAAACCUCUUUCCUCAUCUCUCUACAUCCCCCGCAAUUUCAAAAUCCUAAGCUUAACCCUAGUCCCUAAAUUCCCGAUCAAACAAUCAAUCACUAAAGCCCUGUAGAACAGAUUAAAUUAAAAAUCGUGCAGUAGUGAACUGCAAUAUUUAUUUUUGCUUACUAGUUUUAAACGAUGUCUGCAAUUGUUUGCCGCAAGAGAUCAUAUUUUGAAGAAUUACAAUCACCGUCGCCGACGUCAGCGUCACCGCCGGUUUCAAAGAAGCUUCGUUGUUCUUCCUUCACCACCUCUCCGGUUCACUUCUCUCCGCCGUCCCCUCUGCCGUCUCUCUUCAAUCAGCUGAGAGCUUUAUUUCCUGAUAUGGACAAUCAGCUACUUGAGAAAGCAUUGGAAGAAUCUGGCAAUGACUUGGAUGCUGCUAUUAGGAGCCUGCAUGAGCUUCGCCUUGGAUAUGCAGAUGGAAAAUCGGACACGAAAGCUGAUGGAGAGACGGAAAAUGGUAUGAACCCCACCAAUGUGCCGGCUGCUCAGUCAGAAGAUCCUUCUGAAAACAAGUUUCCUGCCAAUGGUGCAGAAUGGGUGGAAUUGUUUGUGAAGGAAAUGAUGAGUGCUACAAGCAUAGAUGAUGCCAGGGCUCGAGCUACCAGGCUGUUGGAGAACUUAGAGAAAUGCAUUAGUUCACGUGCAGGUGCAGAGGCAGCUCAAAAUUCUCACAAGGAAAAUAUUAUGCUGAAACAGCAAAUAGAAGUGCUUCUCCGAGAGAAUACAAUUCUCAAGAGGGCAGUGGCCAUUCAGCAUGAACGUCAGAAAGAGUAUGAUGAAAGGAACCAGGAAGUGCAUCAAUUAAAGCAGCUGAUUGCUCAGGGUAAAGAGCAAUUGAGAACUCUUGAGAUCAACAAUUAUGCUUUGAAAAUGCAUUUGAGGCAAGCUCAGCAAAGCAACUCUAUCCCUGGAUUCAAUCCUGAUGUGUUCUAAUGUGCCGAACUUUCAAAGGAAAAGAUGGAGCCCUGAUAUGGAUGUUUUACGGGACAUAUUCUUUCUGUUGUCAGAUCUUAGAGUUGUAAGGUUUCUCUAGGCCAACUUGUGCUGAUGAUUCCAGUGAACCUGCACACAAGGGACAUAGCCAAAUUUCCAAUGUUGAAGGCGUCAAAUCAGUAAUCUUAGUGAUGGAAACAAGCUGAAGUUUAAAUUAUGAUUUUGUUUCUUUCAGUAUGAAUUUUGUGAGGCCUUCAAUUGAUAUACAAAAUUAAUAGACAUUAUUAAUAGGCGAAAGGUCUUUGCCAUACAUUUUUCUACACUGAAUGGUUGAUCAACAUCGAUCAUGAUACUCCAUGUCUAUGUUAGAUGAGUGGUGUUGCUGCUAAUAGUCGUAUUUUCGUUGAUCUUUGUAAUUAUAACUAUUGGUAUUUUGAGAUGAAACAAUAUAAAUAAAUUAAGAUGUCUUUGAUAGUUA